UCUGAACCCUUUUUAUCCAUACCAUUCUACUUUAACUUUUGCUAGAAAGCAGCAACAAUGAAGCUCCUAAGAUUCACCUCCAAAUUCCUUUCAAUUGCUUUGGUUACCUUAUUAUUCAUCAAGGUUUCACAAGAAGCAGCUUUUCCUCCUGGAUCAAGCAGUGGGUUGGAGAAUGUGUCUGAAUCUGAGGGUAAAGCCAUUGAGGUGACUGGCGAGCCCAGUUUCAGUUCUUCAGAGACAACUUGUGUGGUUUGUCUAGAUGACCUGCACAAUAACAAAGAGAAAGGGCCAAUUGGAACUUUGGAACCAUGUGGUCACUCCUUUCAUCGUGCCUGUGCAGAUAACUGGCUUCAAACCAAAGGUACAUGUCCUAUUUGCAGAAGUGAAUAUGCUCCUUGGAAAUUUAAAUACAAGGAGGACCCAACAGCCUAUCAAGUCAAUGGACAAGGAAGUCCAUUAUUUGUGCCACACACCCCUGAGUGA